AUGCUGCGCCGAGGAGCGGGCGCCCUGGGCUCCCUGCUCCCCGCGACCGCAGCGCGCUGCCUCCGCCGCCCGCUGCCCGCGGCGAGGACCGACGAGAAUUGGGGACUCGUGGAAGGGGGGAGACUCUUUAAAGUGCGUCAGAGGGAGGCGAGCGCCUGGGAACCCGGAGGCCUGGAUCCCGGCCCAGAGUGGAACGGAGUCGGCGCCGCUGCCCCGGCUGUGCCUCCAGCCGCCCGCUCGGCCGCGGACCUCUCGGUGCCUUCGCCCGUCGCUCCGGGCCAGCUCCCUCGCUCCCUCGGCGCCCGCUGCGGCUUCUCUCCUCCUCUUUCGCCUCCUCCGCUCCCCUCUUCUCCUCCUCUUCCUCGUUCUUCUCCUCCUCCUCUUCCUCCUCCUCUUUCCCCACCUCCUCCCCCUCAGCCACCGCCUCCUACUGCACUAACACCACUCCCUCCGGGGCACCCAGGUCCCUGCAGAGUCUUCGGCCCGCGCAGCCUUUGCUGCGGACCCCUAGAUCCUAAGCCUGCGGGGCGGGAGCUGCUAGGACUGAAGCACCGACGGAUGCGCAGAUUUCUUCACGCCCCGAGCUCCGCUGCGGCUGUCCUCUGCCGCCCGGCGUCCGGGUCACUGAGACGGUUUCGGGAGUCCGGCGAGGGUUGAUCAGAAUUUGAAUCACUGAGAGAGCCAACAGGGAGGCCAUAAAACGACCCCAAGGAGAUCCUAGAGCUAAACUGCUCCACACUCUUGCUCAGUUGUCUCAGAUUGACUGCACUC